GUUGUGCAAGAAGAAAGGAGGAGUGGUAAAAACCACUCUCUUCUCUCCUUAGGUAGCUAAAGUGUUCUGGAAUGUUUGUGAGGGACAACCUCCCAAUAAUGGUUUGAUAAUUUAACAGGCUAAUCUAGGUGUGGCCGACAUAUAAACACCUUCAGUCCUACGGUUGCACCUAUUGCUUUCUUGUCUUUUUCAGAGAAAGAGUAAGUUUACUUCACUACCAACGAAUAUUAGUUGUUGAUCGGGCAAGUGGCUUCUAUAUGCCACCAGCAUGAAAAGUUUUCUGUUUGUUACCUUUUGCUUUUUUGCUGCUUGGGAUCCUGUGAACUGCCAGGCAGUUUACAGGGUUAUGGAGCCAUGGCUACAAGGUGUAAUUGCUGUUAUAGUCUUUUUGGUUUUGGCAAUGAUGGCCUUUGUCAUCAACAAAUUAUGGUGCCAGGAUGAAAAGGAUUUAAAAAAAAAAGAUAAACAAGUUUCCUUCAUGAAUGGGAAUACUAACGAGUCCAUCUUUUCUAAUGGAAUGGAAGGAAGAUAUUCAGCAACCGCAGCAGACUUCAGUUGUGAAGAAGAUCCUCAUGCCUAUGAAAACAAAGUUGAGUUUGAAUGUGACACCAUGACCGUACAUCAUAAUGAAAAUCACGUAAACGAUGGGUUUCAGUGUGGCACCAUGACUGAAUGUCACACCGAAAGUUGUGCACACGUUACCACAGAUAUGUAACAUCAUUUUGUUAUUUAUUCUUAUAUUUUAAAACCUCCCUAUAAUAUAGAUUCCUUACAAAAGUAGCCUACAUCAUUUAUUAUGUAUGAUUUUAUAACAGUUUAUUCAAAGGCCAACUAUGUAGGGGAGGCAUAUUAACAUUUUUGCAGCGGAUUUAUUUGUCUAAGUUCUGCACAUGUCGGACAGGUAGAAUUAAUUGGCACAUAGUAUUCCCUAAUAUGUUUUUUCCACCAAAGGGAACUCACUAACCUAUUUUAUUCUGUUUUACUUUCCUUGUUGCAUAUCUUUGUACAUAAUCUUUGCAAACUUGGUGCUACAGAUUGCCCACAAACUCACUUUCAGGCCCUCUACAAUUCAGUAUUAUGUUCCUGUUCGUUACCAGGGAAUUUCUUGGUUGAAAAUUAUUUUUCUUCAUGGUAAAAGAUUCCCACCCCCAACACCCUAUAGGAGUACAUGGAUAGUGUCGUUAAUAAAGGUGAAGGCAUGGUGGUAAUCUUCCACCUACUGCUUCCAUUUUGUUUUUCUUAUUCUUGUUAUAGAG